AUGACGGUUACCUUAUCCAACAACGUUGCCCAAAAAAUAUUCGGAACAACAGCAGAUAAAAUGAUAGUAGAGGACGACCCAAACCACAGGAAAAAAUUGCCCACUAUCAUAAAAGAGACCAAGGGUAUCAUGAAAAAGAUGAAAUUACGGAUCACAAACACGUCAAAUGAAAGGAACAUAUGUUUCAUAAUAAUUGAUAUCGAAGACAACUCUUCUGAAUCAUCAUCAAUAACAACCCCACCUCCUCAAAACACAUCCUCCUCCAAUAUUCCUCAUAAAACACAUACGUCUUCACCGAGACAAGAUCACCCCAAAGUCAGGAAGGCAUUGACUUUUGAAAAUCCAGGUAUGGACAAAUUUGAUACAGGCCCGAAACGACCACGCCGGUCGCAAUAA